AUGUCUGUGGCAGAGGGGGCUCGUUCGCGGUUGGACAUUUUAAAGAUUGGAAGAAGAUCGUCAAGAAAACAAAGAGUCCAUGUACGGCACCUGUUCCAAGAACUUGCUUUGGGCGGUAAAAAGAGUAAACACAAGCCUACCCUAAAGGAAUUGUAUGGCGCUGUGAGUGAGAUCAUUCCUGAACCAGUGACAAUAUUUGAACAAACGGGUGCUCCAUUCGCUCCAGCUAUCGUUAACGAACGAGCACACAUCUUCAGAUGGAAGGAAGACAGACAAAUCCAAGCUGAGCCAACAUCCGCUGAAUCGAUGAGAAAAGAAAAAGAAAAUGUGUUUGGUCGCGAAAUUGGAGUCGAGGGCAACAAGGCCGUCCACAAACUACAACGCUCCAUCGACCUCAGAAUCGCCUCACGCAUAAUGGCACAAGUACGGCAAAAUAACCUGUUGGAGAAUUUCCUCAGUCCGGAGAAGAACAGCUUGAUUAAACAGUUUUUUGAAAGCGGAUUUGUUAACCCAAGUAAAGAGGUAAUGGAAGCGUUAAAUGAAGCAAUAGAAGGCUGUUGCGAGAUAUUUAUGUUCCGACAGGACCAACACAAUAUUAACGUUGACAAUGAAAUACGAGAUUUCUUAUUAGAUAAAGAAAAGGCUAAAAAAUCUCUACUUGAUGUUAUGCUCAAAAUUCCCCAAUACGUUCCACUAGCGUGGGGUGGACAAAUUGCGUCACAAGCUGUAACCGAACUUGCUGUAACUGACCUAGUGUUGGAUGAGAUGACGGAUUUUUCAUCAUUAUCCACAAGAAGUAGAAGCGAUGGAGCAAGAAGCGAAAAUCAAGCUACGGACCACAUGUCGUGUCCGCCUGUGAAGUGUGAUCCAGUAGUAGAGACAAAAAAUAAGAAAACAGAAGAAAAAGAACUUAAACGGUGUGCAUCUAAAACGAGCGAUUCCGACAGUAGCGACAGUGACAGCCCGGUCAAGCAAAAAAAGGUUCAAUCGAAAUUGGGAACAAUCGAUCAAGCUUACAAAAGCAUUAUGACAAUGUUACCAUUGGAACCAAAUCUGAGGAAAAUUGGAACGGCUUUUGAGUUCCACCCAACACGAUCGAAGAAGCAGGAAAAAUCUCCAACACCGUCAAAGAGGUUCGAACAACAAGGCCAAGUCCAAGACAAUACAAAUGAGGUCCGUGAUAAAGGAGGUGUUAGUCAAAUGGCGACAAAAAUCUGGACUGAUAGUCAAGCAUUUACGAACAAAGCAGGAUCUAAGGUCCUAAACUUUAUGAACUUUACGAGGAAGGAUACAUCUACUGAACAGGAAAAGAAAAAUGUCCCUCGCUCCACAAAAAAAACACCCAUAGAUAAAAAGAGCGCAUGCAAAAAGACUUAA